CUUGUGUACGCGUGGCAGGGAGAGAGAGAAAGAGGAUUAACACAAGAAAAAACGAGUCUGUUUUGAAUGAGCAACUUUUCUUCGAUCUGACCAGUUUUGUUAGUUGGGGUUCUCAAUUUCAGACACAGAUUAACCUAAUUUUUAAUAUUAACGUUGUACCUCUGAAAAUCUCGAAAGAGAGUCAUUUGAUUUACUGAGUUCUGAACUUUGGAAGAUAUCUCUAGCUGUCUCUAGAUCUAUAUACAUUUUUCGGAUUAUAUUUUUGAUCUUCGUCUGCAAUGUGUAUUCAUACAUAUCUAAUCUCUUGUCACCACUCGGAGCUGCUAAAGAGAAGAAACAUAUAAUCAUUGAAACUGAGGGCAGAAAAACAAAGAAGUCUUUGACUCCUUCAUUAGUCUAAUUUUAAGUGGAUAAGAGGAAACAAGAGUCCUUUCAUGUGUUUGCCAACCAAAAUUCUAGAAUAUAAUGAUAGGUUUGAAGCAUGCCCGUCUUCUGCCAAAUGGCACAUAACAAUAUUGUGGACUUUGUUUUGGGUCUCUCCGCUGCAGCAAGUCGUGUGACCAUCUCACAGUCUCCAAUUGUACCUUCUGCAUCAUCAGGAUUGUCGCUCAGAACAGGUCAGUUAAUGGUUUUGGGUUACCCAAUCCCAGACAGGAUAGCAAUAUGCGACAGGCAUCAUCCCUGCAGGAGUUUUCAACAUCUGGAAAGCAUGACCCUGAAGAAGGCAAGUUAGACUUUGGUAUCAACCAAAGUCUUGUUCGGGCAAAAUUGUCCCGCUCUUUAGAUAGACAAAAUGGUGGUUCGAGCUUUUCAAAGGAGAAAACCUUCUCUGUAGUUCAGUCUAUAAGGAGGAGAUGGACGCGAACAGUCAUGGCUAUUUUAUGUCUACUCGUACUUUUCUUCUUGGUAUUUAUAUUCACAAGAUAUGUUGGUCCAUACUGGUCUAAAGAAGCAUCAAAGUUUUAUGUAGUACUUGAUUGUGGAAGUACAGGCACUCGAGUUUAUGUAUACGAGUCUCUUAUCCAUCACGAAGAAGAAAGCAGUCUCCCAAUUGUCUUGACAUCAAUACCCAAAGAUAUUAACAGAAAAUCUAGUUCCAAGGGUUGGCGGGCCUAUCAGCGGAUGGAAACUGAGCCUGGGUUUGAUAAGCUGGUGCGCAAUACAAGUGGCCUGAAGGCGGCAAUAAAGCCACUUCUUAACUGGGCCGAGAGGCAAAUACCUAAGAAUGCUCACAAGAGUACUUCUCUCUUCCUUUAUGCUACUGCAGGGGUUCGUAGGCUUCCACGAUCAGAUUCAGACUGGCUUAUGGAUAAGGCAUGGUCCAUACUAAGGAAAUCAUCAUUUAUGUGCCGGAGAGAUUGGAUUAAGAUUAUCAGUGGCAUGGAGGAAGCUUAUUAUGGAUGGGUUGCUCUUAACUACCACAUGGGGUUGCUUGGGUCUAAACCAGUGAAGGCAACAGUUGGUGCUCUCGAUUUGGGUGGUUCAUCGUUGCAAGUUACAUUUGAGACCAAAGAACAAGUGCAGGAUGACACCAGUUUAAACCUUAGUAUCGGAGCCAUAAACCAUCAUCUCACUGCAUAUUCUCUCUCAGGCUAUGGACUGAAUGAUGCCUUUGACAAAUCUGUGGUUCAUCUUCUGAAGAGGAUUCGUGGAAUUAGUAAGGUAGAUCUAUUUAGUGGCAAGGUUAAAAUUAAGCAUCCAUGUUUGCAAUCAGGGUACAAAGAGAAAUACGUUUGUUCUCAGUGCAUCCCAGUAGCCAAAGGAGGUGAGAGUCCUUUAGUUGCGGGAAAGAAUUUGGGUAAAGGAGGAAAACGUGGAAUAGCAGUCCAGUUGCUUGGGGAACCACAUUGGGAAAAAUGUGCUGCCCUUUCGAAAGUGACGGUCAAUUUGUCAGAGUGGUCAAAUUUGAGCCGAGGAAUUGAUUGUCAGACACAACCGUGUGCUCUAAGUGAUAGUAUGCCUCGCCCACGCGGGCAGUUUUAUGCAAUGUCUGGGUUCUUUGUGGUGUUUCGAUUUUUUAAUUUAACCCCUGAAGCAAAACUUGAUGACAUAUUGCAGAAGGGUCAGGAAUUCUGCAAAAAGACGUGGGAAGUUGCAAAAAAGAGUGUUGCUCCCCAACCUUUUAUAGAACAGUAUUGCUUUAGGGCUCCAUAUAUUGUGUCACUCUUGAGAGAGGGCUUACAGAUUAGAGACACACAAGUCGUUAUUGGUUCUGGUAGUAUUACUUGGACACUUGGGGUGGCUCUAUUGGAAGCCGGAGGUUCAUUUCCAACUGGGUUGGAGGUCCCUAGGUACAGACUUCUAAAAGUGAAGAUAACUCCAGCCAUUCUUAUUGCCAUGCUGUUAAUCUCACUUAUAUUUCUAGUUUGUGCUCUAUCAUGUGUUGGCAAUUGGAUGCCAAUUUUUUUCCGAAGGCCGUAUCUUCCUAUCAUCAGGCAAAACAGUGGAACUGCUAUCUCUGCUUUCAGAUUCCAGCGAUGGAAUCCUAUCAGUGCUGGAGAUGGGAAGACAAAGACACCGCUGAGUCCUACCAUUUCAGGUUCCCAGCAGAGAGCAUUCAGCAUGGGACAUGGGCUGGGAGGCAGCAGCAUCCAGCUCAUGGAAUCUUCUUUGCACCCUUCAACUAGCAGUGUCGCGCAUAGUUACUCCUCGGGUAGCUUAGGUCAGAUGCAAUUUGACAAUAAUGGGAUGGGAUCCUCCUGGGCCCCUCGAGGUCAGAUGAGGCUACAGAGUAGAAGGUCACAAUCAAGAGAAGACCUUUCAGCAUCCUCCGAGGCACAUUUGGUGAAUGUUUAGAAUCUGAAGACACUGAGGUUUGAGAUUGCAGCAGUUUCUGGAUCUUCAAAACAAACCCAAUAAGGAAAUUUGGGUAUUCCGUUGAUUUAUCAUCUGGGCUGGAGCUUCUGGCGCACACAAUUUUGUUAUGAGAUGCAACACUUACCACUUCCUUGAUUCUUUAAACUGUUCAACAUUGUUCUGCUAUCCUCCCACUCAGUUGACCAUAUUUCACAUUUUGUAAUUUGCACUUGAUCCACUCCUGCCAUUUCACUGUUGCUUCUCAAUAUGUUCCCAGUGUCAUCAGAGCAGUUUUUCUCCGGGGGAUUCAAGUGUGGGACCAGUGACGAUGCGGAUUCCACCGCAACAGAGAGAACCCACCCCUGGUUACCAAUGUGGUCCCAUUUUUUGCUUCGGUUAGAUCUUCCAUUGGAGGUUUGUCACUUGCCUUACUUUGUAAAAAGAAAGAACUAGUUGAAUCUAUAUGAAGGGGAGCAGUUUUUUCUUUUGCAGAUUUCUCCUGUAAAUUUUUGUCUACAACACAUUGUUGUCACAGAUAUCCAUUUUUCACAAUUUUGUUUAUUAAUUCUUGUAUUUCUCUAAUUGUACUUCCUAAAUGAGUAGUAAAUUCUGUUUAUUCAAUAGAUUUCCUUUCCUGUU